AUGUUUGCACACGACAUGCAGCCAGGCGUUCGAGUGUGUGUUUCCAACAGGAUGCUGCUGAGCCUGUUCUGCCACGGUCGCCUCGGCAGGACGCUCAAACGGCCCGGUUGCAGCUUUGGGUCUUCAGCCUGGCAGAUGAGCAGGUGGAACAACCAGGACAUCCAGAACCCCGCUCCUCCUCAGGAGAACCCGCGUGUCCUCAUCACAGAUUGGGUUUUCUUUCUGUUCUUCCCUGAGAUAACAUUCUCUCUUUUUGCAGGUGGACUCGGGCAGUUAGGUGUGGGACUUGCAGAGAUGCUGAGAAAACAAUAUGGAACAGAGAAUGUAAUCCUGUCAGACAUCAAGAAGCCACCACCUCAUGUUUCUAAUAGUGGCCCAUUUGUGUAUGCUGACGUAUUGGACUACAGACACCUCAGAGAACUGAUUGUUAAUAACCGUGUCACUUGGCUGGUCCACUAUAGCGCUCUGCUCAGCGCUGUGGGUGAGGCUAAUGUGGCUUUGGCCCGAAAGAUCAACAUCACAGGCCUGCACAACGUCCUGGACUUGGCUCUGGAGAACUGCCUUCGCCUCUUUGUCCCAAGCACCAUUGGGGCAUUUGGUCCCUCCUCUCCGCGGGACCCGGCCCCAGACCUCUGCGUGCAACGCCCUCGAACAAUUUACGGUGUGUCUAAAGUGCACGGUGAACUUAUGGGAGAGUAUCUUCACCAUAAAUAUGGCUUGGAUUUCCGUUGCCUUCGUUACCCUGGUGUGAUAUCAGUCAACACCCCUCCUGGUGGAGGAACAACAGACUAUGCAGUUCAGAUAUUCCACGACGCUCUCAGCACAGGUCACCAUGAGUGCUACCUCCGAGCCGACACCCGUCUUCCAAUGAUGCACAUCUCCGACUGCCAUCGUGCCACAGUGGAGUUCAUGCAGGCUCCCGAGUGCCAGCUUUCACUGCGCACCUACAACAUAGCUGCCAUGAGCUUCACUCCGGAGGAGGUGGCCCAGGAGAUCCGCAAGCAUCUACCUCACUUGACGGUUACCUACAACCCAGACUCUGUCCGCCAGACAAUAGCAGAUAGCUGGCCUGUGAGGUUUGACGACUCCAAUGCCAGGAGAGACUGGGGCUGGGCACCAGCCUUUGGGCUUGAAGAGCUGGUUUCAGACAUGUUGAUCUCCAUUCGAGAAAAUAAGACCAACGAGGCUUUUCCCAAAAGCUAGCAAAAACCUUUUCCUCCAAAAAGGAGCAGGCUUUUCUCCAGCCUGUAUUUAACCACAGCCUCCUUCAACUUCCACAUGCUGUCAACAUGGACUUUCAUGAAACAUAAGGACGUACCGUAAAACAUCCAAUCUUACUCACACCUGACACGUAGUGAGAUAUCACGCAUGCACACAAACUAAAACAGCUGGGUCUUCUUCAGGGAAUUAUCUACUGUCACCUCUUCUUCAUUUGUGUUGUUUUUAAUUGUUAUGGUUUAAGCACCACUUCACACAUGGCAGCUUUGCUUUAAAUGGAGCAGAACUAUUCCUAUUUCUUAAGCUUCUACUAUUUCCAAAUGUCACAGUUGCAUGGAUGGGAGCAACAACCUGUUGCAGUGUCUCUGACAGUGUCCAACACACGAUGAAUUAGUUGAACACAUGUACCACUUCAUUUCAGGAUCCGCUGGACUGACUGGAUCUCUCAACUCUGGGCAGGGGCGACACAUUUGGUAUUCCUGCCAUCUUAUAAAGCAGAUUUUUUGUAAUAUAUCCUAUGAAGUGAAAAGUACAUAUUUUAUACAUCACUACAACUUUGGUUGUUGUAUAUGAGAAUAACUCUUCAUUUAACUUGUAUUCCAUCCGUGUGACUUUUGAUAUGAAUUAUGAUAAAUAUAAAUAUAACAAAUAAAAAUAGAAAUAAAUAAAAUAGAGUUUGGAAAAUAUACAAUAUAAUGUUUAAAAUAAUGCAGUGGACACUGACAAAUAAAAAGGCUAUUUAUCCAAAAAAAAAGGCUUUUUUUUCUUUAAAAAGGAAAGUUUCUUUUUAAUGCUUUUUCUGACCAAAAAAACAAGAAGAAACAGCAGAAAAAUAAUUUUAAAUGCAAGUACCGUUAAAAAGUAGUGCAAAGUAGUACUCAAAAUGGUUUGAUGUAUUUCUGCAAGAUGAGUUAAUCUGGAAAAACUAUGUUUUUUUUUAUAAAGGGAAUAAAAAUGACUGUACGUUGUUUUCA